AGAACAUGGUGCAAUAUGGAGGAGAAAAAAACUUGUAAGGUAAUGGGAAAACAAUGCGACUUCUCCGCAGGGACUGCGUUCUGCAUUGAUGACAGUCAGCACGAGUGCACCAAGCAGGAGUUGGACAGAUGCGAGCCAUAUGGAAAGACAUGUGACUUUAGCACCGGUGCCGCGCUGUGUCGAGACAAGACGCCCGGCAAGUGCAGUGAACAAGAUGAAGAAAUGUGCAGUGAAAGUGAACCGACGUGUGAUUUUGGCUCUGGAGCCCCCGUGUGCAUUGAUCCAGAACGUGAAACGUGCAGCAAAGAAGAGAGAGAAGCGUGUAAAGAAGAAGGAAAGCAGUGCGACUUUACCGCUGGCGCCCCCACGUGUGCUGAUAAUAAUCGCACCACGUGCAAUGAAGAAGAGAAAAAGAACUGCAGGGAGCUCGGGAAAGCAUGCGACUACAGCGCCGCUGGCCCUCUUUGCGUAGAUGACACACGCACCAGCUGUAACGAGGAGGAAAAGGAGAUAUGCAAGUCGAUGGGACUGGUUUGCGACUUCAGCGCUGGGGCAGCUGUCUGCAUUGAUAACAACCGUGACAAGUGUAACGAAACAGAGAUAAAGAAAUGCAAGUCGUUGAGAAGAGAUUGCGACUUUAGCGCAGGAGCGCCCCAGUGUGUGGAUAACGAACGCAAGAGCUGUAACGAAGAAGAGAAGAAAAUGUGCAAGAAACUGGGAAAAGCAUGCGACUUCACUACCGGAAUGCCUUUGUGCAUUGAUGAAGAACGCGACCAUUGUAACGAUGAAGAGAAGAAAAGAUGCAAAGCCAUGGGCAGAGAAUGCGACUUCACGGCAUCGGCUGCCCUUUGCAUCGAUCGAAACCGCACCAGCUGCAACGAGGAGGAGAAAAAAGCGUGCGCGGACAUAGGGGUCUGCGACUUCAGCGCGGGGUCUCCGUUGUGCAUGGACAAGCCACGCAACAACUGCAACGAAGAAGAGAUAAAAGGAUGCAAAUCCAUGGGAUUGGAGUGUGAUUUUAGCGCCGGCGCAGCGCUGUGCACGGAUCCCAACCGCAACAGCUGUAACGAGGAAGAGAAGGAACUAUGUAAAGCACAUAACAAGGACUGCGACUUUACGGCUGGGGCCCCUUCGUGCCCAGAUCCAGCACGCGAAAGAUGUCAUGAAGAAGAGAAGAAAUCCUGCGAAGAAUUGGGGAAGAAGUGCGAUUUCGCAGCGAGUCACCCGCUAUGCGUCGAUGAAAAACCGGAAAAGUGCGAAAAGGAGCAGAAAGAGGCAUGUAAGGAAAUGGGACUGGAAUGCGAUUUUAGCGCCGGCGCACCUUUGUGUACUGAUAAAAACCGCACAAGCUGUGAUAAAACAGAGAAAGACAUCUGCAAAGCAGACGGCACUGAGUGUGAUUUCACUGCCGGGGCCCCCUUCUGCAUUGACAACAACCGCACCAAGUGCAGUGACAAAGAACGACCACAGUGCAAGAUAUUGGGGAAGGACUGCGACUUUCCAGGAGGAGCACCUUUGUGUAUAGACGAAAAGCCAAAAGUCUGCAGUAAAGAAAACAAUGAAGCAUGCAAAAUAGAUGGCACUGAAUGUGAUUUCAGCGACGGUGCACCCGUAUGCAAAGAUCAUAACCGGCACACUUGUAACGAAAAAGAGAGAAAAAUCUGCAAGGCCAACAGAACAGAAUGCGACUUCACAGGUGGCGCCCCAACAUGCAUCGAUACACAACGAGACAGUUGCAACGAAGAAGAGAAGAAGGAGUGCCAGUCACUGGAAAAAGCAUGCGACUUCAGUACUGGUGCUGUUGUGUGCACUGAUCCAGUACGAAACAGUUGCAAUGAAGAAGAAGAAGAAACAUGCACCUCGAUGGAAAUGGUAUGCGAGUUCACCGACGGCAUGGCUAUAUGCAUUGAUCCAACUCGCAACAAGUGCACUAAGAAGGAGCAGAAAGCGUGCCAAGCGAAUGAAAAAAAAGAAUGCGACUUCACCGCCCAUGCAGCCACGUGCAUUGAUAACCAGCGCACCACAUGCAAUGAAGAAGAGGAGCAGAUAUGCAAGAAGAAGGGAAAAUACUGCGACUUCAGCGCCGGCGUCGCUCUCUGCGUCGCCCCGAGACGCACAAAAUGUAACGAAGAGGAGAAGGCCGAAUGCCUGGAAAGGGGAUUGGAAUGUGAUUUCUCGCUCGGCGCAGCUCUGUGCGUCGACAAUGAGCGCACGGUGUGCAAUGAGGAAGAGACCGAAGUAUGCAACUUAAGGGACGAAGAGUGCGACUUCACUGCACACGCACCAUUUUGCAUAGAUCCAAAUCGUAGAGAUUGCAAUCAAGAGGAAAAGCAAAAGUGUCAAACCGUCGGCAAAGGGUGCGAUUUCGUAGACGGGGCCGCUUUGUGCUAUGGGGACCCUCCGCGCACAAAAUGUAACCCCACCGAGACAGAAGAGUGCGCUAAAACAGGAAAGGGAUGCUUGUUUAUCGGUGGAGGGGCUAUUUGUGCAGGAAAGAUACGCACGAAAUGCAACGAGGAAGAGGAGGAAAAGUGCAAGAAACUGAAACGAAAAUGCGAGUUUGUCGGGGGAGCUGCUCUUUGCACAGGCAAGUAUGCCGUCAUCGUCGUCAGCGUGUUGCGGUUAGCGCACUGAGCGCGCUGGAAAGAAAAAUAGAGCAGGCUAUGCAAGGCAUAUAUAACUGGCUAUGAUGACCCUCGGUGUAUCUCCAAGCAACGGCACACAACAUUACCUUGGUUCUGGCCAGCUACGUAGCAUUUGCGUGUUUAAAGUUUGUCCCAAAUUAAGUAAACACCCUGUAUUUGUUUUUCUGCAGCCUACCUUUGUCUGCUAGAUUUGGUGGUUAUGCUCGCCUAAACGACAGUUCCCUUGACAGUUCUUACUUCAGUACCUCCGAUACAGUAUACACAUUAUUCUUGAACUAAUGCACGUGCAUUGCCC